UCACUUCCUGCGCAAUAGUGCGGCGUUAGGCGGAAGUGCGGAGUGUUUACUCCUUCAUGUGUUCUCUCUGUAGGUGAUCUCCGGCUCUGUGCGCGCGGAUGUCAGUCUGAGGCGAUUUGUCUCAGAGUCGGACAUUUUCUUUCCCGCGUAUUUUUUUUAUUCAUUCAGGUGAAGUGAAAAUAAAGUAAAUAAUAAUGUCCGCGGAGGAAGCGGAGAAAACAGCAGCAGCGGCGGUGGCGGCGGCAGCAGCGGUGGUGGUGGCGGAGGCUCCUGCCGGGGAUGAGGAGGAGGAAUGGCUGUACGGCGAUGAAGGAGAAAACAAGGAGACCGAGGAGGAAGAAGAAGCGAAACUUACAGCUGCUGUCAGCACCCCCUCUGCACCUGCUGCUGCACCCGAGGAGAACAGCAAUGGGAAUGGAAUGGCCAGUCAGGAGGAGGCGCAGGGGGACAAUGAGGACAGCGAGAGUGACAGCGAUGAUGACGACGAUGACGUCCGCGUUACCAUCGGUGACAUCAAGACGGGUGCUCCUCAGUACACAACGUACGGAGCAGCGCCGGUGAAUCUGAACAUAAAGACCGGCAGCAGACCAUACGUGGGAGCAAAGGUGAAAGGUGUGGAUCUCGAUGCCCCAGGCAGCAUCAACGGCGUCCCAGUUCUGGAGGUGGACGUGGAGUCCUUUGAGGAAAAGCCCUGGAGAAAACCUGGUGCUGAUUUGUCGGAUUACUUUAAUUACGGCUUUAACGAGGAAAGUUGGAAGGCGUACUGUGAGAAGCAGAAGCGGCUGCGUAUGGGCCUCGACUCCAUCAACAUCAGCUCUGCUACCAGCAAGAUUUCUGUAUGUCCAAAUGUCCCCUCAUCACCCAUCCCGGUGCAGCAGGGCAGGACAGGGAAUGAUAAAGAGGCUGCACUUCCUGCUCACGUUCCUAAACCAGACUUUACCACCCCAUCUAACCUGUACAAGCCCGGCCUGAACCCGUCCAGGAUAUCCCCUCCACAAUGGGCGGGGCCUGCAUCCCAAGACACGCCCUAUUAUACGAAACCUACUGGGACCAUUGACGUGAUUGGUGGACAAACAGCCACCAUCAGCCGGGUGGAGGGGCGACGCCGACACAAUCUGGAGGGAAACAACAUCCAGGUGAUCUCCGAACACACCACCCCCGAAGCUGAGGCCACGCCCGCCAAACUCCCGGCCUUCUUCCCCCCAGGGCCCCUCCCUCCAAACAUGCCUCCGCCUCCUUUCCUGCCCCCACCCCCUGUUAGCCAGGCCCCACCCCUUAUCCCUCCACCAAGACUCCCCAUCACCGUCCCUCCUCCCGGUUUCCCGCCUCCUCCCAGCGGCCCGCCCCCUUCACUUAUGCCAACGUUAGACAACAGCGGGCAUCCUGGGGGAUACGACUGCCGUCCUGUCACUCCGUACUCUUUCCCUCCCGGUGCUUACCCGCCCCCCAUGCAGGGGCCUGUGAACAACUGGCCUGGGAUGAUAGACAACUCAAAGCAGUGGGAUUAUUACCCCAGGCGAGAGAAGGAGAGAGAGAAGGAGAGAGAGAGGGAGAGGACGCGGGAGCGAGGACACGACCGGGAGAGAGAGAGAGAGCGAGAACGAGAGCAUAGUCCCUCGACCAUUGCCUACAACAGUGAUGAGGAGCGCUACCGUUACCGUGACUACGGAGACCGCGGCUAUGAGAGGCAUCGGGAGCGGUCGAGCAGAGAGAAAGAGGAGAGACAUCGUGAGAGGAGACACCGAGAGAAAGAGGAGGGAAGGCACAAGUCUUCACGCAGCAGUAGCAGAAGAAGGCAUGACAGUGAGGAAGGUGACGGCCAUCGCAGACACAAACAUAAGAAGUCCAAGAGAAGUAAAGAAGGCAAAGAGCCAAGUGAGGAGCGAGCCGCCGACCAGGAGAACCAGGACGCCAUGGAGUAGACGUCUCAUCAUGUCUAGCUCUGAACCGUGCUCCUCAUGCCAGCAGAAACCCUCUGUACUUGUUUGUAGUAAAUGUUCCAUUUUAGUUCUUCUUUGUUCUCGUGUAUUUCAUCCAGGUCCUGUGUAGAUCUUUGAUUUGUUGGAUUAAAAAAAGCUAUUUGGUAA